CCAAUGACGACCGAGACAUCAGGCUCCUAUAUACAUUGAUCUUGUGCGGGUGUAUAUAUACAUAUAUAGCUCGCGUCUCUCGAACGCCAGCUCUGGUUCCGCCAUCUCCCUUUUCGUGGUACCAACUGCUGUUUGAUUCUGCCAUAACAAAUGGCUGACCCUGAAUUGGAAGCUAUCAGGCAAAGGAGAAUGCAGGAGCUAAUGGCUCAACGCAGCGGUGGCAUUCCAAACCAGCAGAACACUGAAGAGCAGAAUGCUCAAGAGGAGGCCAAAAGGGAAGCUGAUGAACGAAGGCAAAUGAUGCUUAGUCAGAUUCUGUCAUCUGAAGCACGAGAAAGACUUGCUCGAAUUGCUUUGGUGAAGCCUGAGAAGGCAAGAGGAGUUGAAGAUGUCAUACUCAGGGCUGCCCAAAUGGGUCAGAUAGUUGAGAAGGUUUCCGAAGAGAGGCUCAUUUCAUUGCUGGAACAGAUCAAUAACCAAACAACUAAACAGACCAAAGUCACAAUCCAGAGGCGACGGAGUGUGCUUGAGGAUGAUGACUAGCACACAUUUGAAAUUAGAGCUCUAUGUUUGAUGAUAAAAUGCUUCAUUGUGAUGUAUAUCUCUAGAUUUAUACUUAACUUUGUGGUAAGCGGUUUUCUGACUGUAUUUUGCUCCUACUUUGUUAUAUUAAUUCCCUUUUGUUUCACCUGAAAGUAUUUAUUCAGCUUGACUUUGUUGUCAAGUGGUCAAUUUGAAUGUAUGCUAGCCUUGCAUAUUUUUGAAGGCAAGACAAUUGUCUGAAGUAAUAUUUCAUUUUCUGGACU